GGGUUUGCCUGAAAAGACAAGGCGACAGGAGGGAUGAAACAAACUCAAAGUCUCAGCACUUUUGAGGGGAACUUGUGGCUACUGCGUAUUUGCUCGUCACCGGGAUAUGGACCGAAAGAACUGGAAACAAUGCAAUGUGGAUUAAACGUAGAAUAGAUGGAGCAAUGUGUGGCGUUCAAAGAGGAGUUUGUUAAGGUUAUCAGUAUGGAUGCCUUUAGAAAGAAAAGAAAUCCAUGGGUGUGUUAUGAGAAAGAAGUGCCACACAGCAGAUUCUGUGAUCCAGCCUGUGGCGUCAGCCCAGCAGAGAAAUUGAGCCCCGAGCACCUGCAGCUCCUGAGAAAUGCUUUCACCUGUCCAAAAACUGGAGAACAGAUGCACGAAAACAGGCCGAAUAGAAGGAGGGGAAGGAACGAAGGAGGACAUGAGGAGCGUGGAAUGAAGAUCGAGGAGUUUCGGGCCGUUCUGAGGUCUGUGAUCGGUCCAGAUAUUGAGGACGUGUGGGUUGAGAGAUUCUUCAGUGAGGUAGACAUCACCUGUACCGGGCAGGUGGAGUGGCAGCAGUUGUGUUCCUACCUGCUUCUGGAGUACACUGAGAGAGAGAGAGCCUCCAUCCCCAGAGCUGCUCUCCUGGACUCCCAGCCACAGAUCAGACACUGCGCUUACAACAAGCGGGAGCCUACGGUGCGCGUGGUUGCUGUUUCCCAUCCUCCUCCCCUGCGCUAUUUCAGUGUAAGUAAAGGGGGUCAAAUCACUGUCUGGAACAGCAGCCUACACAUCCUCAAAAGUCUAGGGCUUGCUGGAGACCCAACUGAGGAAGUGGCCAACACGAGGAGAUUCAGAGGCUGGACCACUGAUGCCGUCUCCAUGGGCAAUGUCCACAGGGUUGCCAUAGCGACCGACUGCAGGGACUUGCACUUUGUCAAUGUCUCCACAGCCAGUGUAUUCGAGGAUGUCCACCUGUUUGGGUUUCGCAGUGUCCCGACUGCUCUUUGUUACUGGCAUGACAUGCAGAGUCGAGAGCGACCCUCCCUGCUGCUCCUGGGGGACGAGAAGGGUGGAGUGCACCUCAUGUGGUUCCUGAACCCAUUUAAAGGUCUUUUUAAGAAUCUGUCAAAGAAAGAGAACAGCCCACAGAGGAUCUUUGUCCCAGACCUGGGUGAACACAGCGACAUGGUCUCCUACCGCCACAUCCCCAACAUCCACCAGGCGCCGGUCACCAGAGUGAUGUUUGAGCCCGACACCAACAUCAUCAUGACCUCAUCAGAAAGUGACACUACCUCUGUGGUUUUCAUGAAUGUGACACUGAAGCAGGAGCCUUACAUUUGGAAAUUUAAGCAGGGAGCUAAAUGUUUUGACUACAAUGCCUCUCUGCAGCUGAUGGUCACAGGAGGGUGUGACCGAGCUGUCCGACUGUGGACUCCAUUUGUGACCACGUGUCCUGUGGCUACACUGUUGGGUCACCGCACCGCUGUACUGGAUGUUUCAAUCUACCAGGCUGUUGAGCAGAUAUUCAGCUACUCCAGAGAUGCUGAGCUGAGGGUUUGGGACAUUUCCAGCCAUCGCUGCCUGAAAACCGUCCGCCUUCAGUUCCCCUGUCAGCAGCCAGGUCGAAUCCCAGAACACGGCAACUUCCCUUUCCUGUUGCUGAGCCCUCCUCUUUCCGUGCAGUCUCAUUUAGUGGUGGGAUGCAAAGAUUACCUCGCACUGCUCCGUCUGACUGAAACAACAAGAGCAGGAGGCGGAUGGUUGACGGAUGACAGGAGGGAACGUGGACCAAACGUUCAGCGUGGUCCCGCCCUCUCCUGUGCUCUGUACAACUCCACCCUGAGACAGUUGGUGACUGGACACGCCGACUCAUCUGUGUCUUUGUGGGACGUGGAGACAGGCAGGAGGCGGCUUCAGAUCUUAAACACUCAUGGAGAAGAGAAACUCACCUGCAUGGCCCUCGACUCUUCCAACAGAAGACUGAUCACUGGGGCUCGCAACGGCACCAUCAAGGUGUGGAACUUACUCAACGGCCUCAACUUGCACAAGCUGGAGCCAGCCACCGACUCUGAGGUCACCGGGUUGACCUGUCUCCCUGGCAACCAGCUGCUGGCUGUGGGGGGGAGUCAGCGGAUCGUUCAGUACGACAUUGCAGCGGCCAAGGAUUUAUAUGUCAGAGCGGACAUGUCGUGGAAGUCCAGCUGCGUCCACAAAUCCCACAUCCUGGCCGUGAGUCAGUGCUCCGCUCUCGGGGUCAUUGCCACAGCGAGCCAUGAUGGAGAGGUCAUUAUCUGGAGGCUGGAGACGCAAGGACCAGUGCUCCACCUGCAGAGUCCAACACAGCGAGGAGUGGUGCCCCCCGUGGACAGCCUGUUGUUCCUGCAGCAUCGAGCUGGCGACAGAAAGCUGAGAAACAGAGGUGUCCUGGUCUCAUCCCAGGCCGGCUGUCUCUGCUUUUGGAGCGUCACCGGACCGACACACACUUAUGGCCAGUUCUUCGCCCCAGAGCAGACAGAUGAGUGUGUGUGGACACUGAGUUCAGAUCAGCCUAAAAACACCAUCCUGGUCUCCGGAGACACCGCAGGCUGGCUUCAGAUCUGGGACAUCUGCCACUUUGCAGUAGACAUCCAAAACCAGCCAGUUUGUGAGCGGCCUCCUCUGCUACAGUGUUGGAAGGCUCAUCAGAGAGCAUUAGUGAGUGUGGAAGUCCUCGAGCUGGCUGACAGAUUGUUCGUCCUCACUGCCUCGGCUGACGGCUCUGUUGGACUGUGGACGAAAGAUGGAGAUCACGUGGGUUCUUUCAGGCAGGAAGUGAUGUGGAAUAUGACUGAGUCGGCUGCUUACCAGAGGAAAAAACUGUCAGAAGGCACAGAGGAGGAGAGCGCUGAGAGUGACGACGCGGGGUUCAGAGAGGUCAGAAGUCAAGUGACUGACCCCAACGACAGGGGUGAAACUUCACAGAAAGAAUGCUGCUCUGAAGGUCACCAUUCAGUGCAAACAGCAUCAUCCAUCAGACCACCGGAGAAUGAACACGAGCAACCUCAGCAGCCCUUGUAUCUGCGUGAGGACUCUUGCCAGAAGGUAGCCGUGUGUCAUGAGAGCAGACAUCUGUUUGAUGACAUCCGCCACGGCAAUCACUGCUGAUUGGAUGUGUUCGCCCCAUCAGACUCUGAUCCUACAGGAGAUGCCUUUUCAACUGAGGAUUUACCUACAAUCCCUGGUAUCAGAGUUUGACGGGCUGCAAAAAGGCUGAGCUCACAGCAUCUGGAAGGAAAAGUGAACUUCCCCCGCGUCCAGUCAGCCAUAAACGAAGAUGCGUCUGACAUUUCUUCACAUUCACACAUUUUGCUUAUCAUCACGGGUCCGCUGAAUCGCACAAAUCAGUGAUGCAAAGCCGCCAUGUCCUAUUUUUACUUGUUUUCCUUCCACAUUCGAUUUUGUACGUAUUUGCAUGUGCUUGCCCGCUCAUCCCUGAAAACCGGGUUAUUUUAAGCACCAGUCUGGAUGUUUUAGCGGAGGAGGAAGCAAGAGCGGUUCCCUUUUCUUGAGUUUGUGUCUUAGGGAUAAAUACAAACAGACACAGCUGGGACACACAGGGCAAGUCAUCCAGUCUGCACUUUUGCCCCUUCAGGCAUCUGCACAUUACUCAAAUCUACCCAAUGUGUUGUCAGGCUGUUUGAUACCAAUGAUACAAAUUUCACCCAAAAGAUUGACAUAUUUUUUUGCCUUUUUGUGGGUGUGUGUGUGUGUGUGUGUGUGUGACGUGGAAUAAAACCUCAAUGACAUAUUUA